GAUAAAUUCCCCUGUUAUGCCCCAGUCACCUCCAGUCUGGGGAAAGAGAGUUAGAAAUGUGAAGGAAAUGCACCUUCACUGAGUCAGUUUAUCAGCUGAUUCUGUCACUGUGUAGUGAGGCUUGUUUCUGGAUAGCUGUUCGGAUUGUCUGUAAGGAACAAUUGUAUGAUUUUACACAUUCAGUCGUCUCUGGAGUGGAGAUGGUGGGCUUGACUGCCUCCUCAGCAGCUGUUUCUGAGAUGGAGCUCUUGGUGACAGAGUUAAAUGUGCUGUUGAGGCUGUUGGACCAUGAGACCUUGAGCUCUGCUACAGAAGAAAAGAAAACGGCUGUGAAGAACCUGCUAAAGCGACUUCAGCCAUCAGUCACUGGAAAAGACUACAUGUACAUGAACACAUCGGUGUACAGAAAUGGAACCAGCUUUGUUGAGUCUCUUUUUGAAAAGUUUGAUUGUGACCUCGGGGACUUAAAAGUCGAAAUGGAGGAUCAGAAGAAAGAUCCAGAGAUAAACCACAGUCGCUGUAAGCCGGGCUUGGCAGACUCCCCUCCCCCUCUGCCCAACACACCCCCUCCAGAGGAAUAUUACGAAGAAGCCGUGCCACUCAGCCCUGGCAAGAUGCCAGAGUAUAUCACCAGCCGCAGCAGCUCCAGCCCUCCAAACUCUAUUGAAGAUGGAUAUUACGAGGAAGCAGAAAACAAUUACCCAACCACCCACGUGAACGGGCGACGCAAAAGCUCCUAUAAUGACUCGGAUGCCUUAAGCAGUUCUUAUGAGUCAUAUGAUGAGGAGGAGGAGGAGAAGAGCCAGCGUUUGACACACCAGUGGCCAUCGGAAGAAAACUCAAUGGCCCCGGUGAGAGACUGCCAUAUUUGUGCCUUCCUUCUGAGGAAGAAACGUUUCGGCCAGUGGGCCAAACAGCUCACUGUCAUCCGUGAGAACAGACUGCAGUGCUACAAAAGCUCAAAAGACCAGUCGCCCUACACUGACAUACCUCUCGGCUUGUGCACUGUCAUCUACGUACCCAAAGACGGGCGGAGAAAGAAGCACGAGCUGCGUUUCUCUCUGCCCGGAGGAGAGGUGUUGGUGCUGGCUGUUCAGAGCAAGGAACAGGCUGAGAAAUGGCUCCAAGUGGUGCGUGACGUUACAGGUCAGGGAAAUGGUUUGGACAUCCCCUCAUCUCCCACGAUUCCUAGGAAGAUUGAACUGGAUAAGUGGCCGUCUGUAGAGAAGCAAACCUCAGAUUCUGACAGCAUGCCAAGUGGAGAAAGUGCACGUGACAGUCGGGAAAAUGGUAAACCCAAGCGAGGUGCCCUAUCAGAGCUCACAGGCACCGUGAGCCGAGCAGCAGGAAGAAAGAUAACAAGAAUUAUUAGUUUCUCCAAAAGAAAACCUCCUUUACCAGGAGACGUUCGCGGCUCACUCGAUCAAGACCCUCGAUGCGGUUAUGUGGGUGUGCUAUUAAAUCAGUGCUGGAAAGAGCACUGGUGUCGUGUACGGGCCGGAUCUCUUUACCUUUAUCAUGAGAAAGGAGAACAGCGAGUCCCUCACACCACUGUGGCACUGAAGGGCUGUGAAGUUGUUCCAGGCCUGGGGCCCAAACAUCCCUUUGCCUUGAGAAUACUGAGAGGAGGUGCAGAGGUGGCGGCUUUGGAGGCGAGUUGCUCGGAAGAGAUGGGUCGCUGGCUGGGGGUUCUGUUAGCAGAGACCGGUUCCUCAGCUGACCCCGAGUCCCUACAUUAUGACUAUGUAGACGUGGAAACUAUUGCCAACAUCCGCACAGCUGCCCGUCACUCUUUCCUAUGGGUAACCUCAACAGAUUCAAGAACCUAUGAUGAGGUCCCUUUUGAAACCACAGAGGAAAAUGAGAGGCUAAGUGGAGUAACUCAAAUAAAACAUCACUCUUUCACCAGCAGUGACACAGGAAAGCCCAGUCCACAAAUCACCCGAAAACGCCACGGCUCCAAUGCAAAUCAGUACGGGAGGUAUGGGAAAACCCGGGCGCAGGAGGAUGCACGCGGCUACUUGAAAGAGAAAGAAGACCUGGAGAAAGACAUAGAUGCCAUCAGAAAUGCACUGAUCUCACUGCGGAAGAAGAAACGAGAGGUCAAAGCAAAGAUAAAGAGUGUAACAGAUAAGCAGAAAUUGGCCUUAGAUGAGCAUGUAGCUGAGUUAGAGGAGAUCUGUCGAGUGAAAGAGGAGGAGCGUGUGGAUCUAGAGCUCAAGCUCACACAGGUGAAGGAGAACCUGAAGAAAUCUCUGGCUGGUGGAGCGCUGGGGGCACCUUCAGAACCUAAACCUUCAAACAAGGCUCAAAAGACCGAGUACAUCGAGUCAUAUCUGCCUGUCAACUGUUCCUCUGAAAUGCGGAAGCGCCCCCUAUCCAUUUAUGCAUCCACCAAAGGAAACGUUAUGCAGAAAGCCAAGGAAUGGGAGUCUAAGAAGAGUACUUAAGGAGAUUGAGCUGAAAGACUUAAGACUGUGAGCCAUAUCAAGCCUAACAAAAAACCCUCUUAAAGUCCAUUGAUUGAGGUUACCAU